GUUGGAACUGUGGCUAUUUACUGGAUUUUAAGAGUAUCCUUAGCUUUUGAUGAUAUAGCUUCUAAUCGGAACACGUUGGUUUUGUAUUUCAGUGUGAUAAUGGACAUUUGGCUUGUUCCUCUUGUUGUCACAAACUGAAGAAUAAAUGCCCUGUCUGUGGUUCGCCUAUCGGUCACAUUCGUUGCAGAGCAAUGGAGACUGUUCUUGAAUCGAUCUCUGUCCCUUGCCGAAACACAAAGGUUGGAAACUCUGUUACAAGCGUAGCCCAGCAACGGUUUGACUCAGGAAAUUUCCAGUCUGAUGUUAAUAAUCUGAGGGAAAGCAUUCUAGCUUUAGGUACCAUGGUUACUCUUUUUGGGAAGUGUGUACAAUGGCAAUGCCCGCUGUUUCAACAUGGAGCACCAAUGGACACAAAAACAGAACUAUCGAGGUUGAUAUCUAAAUGCAAGUACGAAGAAUCUUUUACUUUGGCUCUAGAUAGAGUCGAUGCCUCUAUAGUAUCCUGGCUUUGCUCACAGGUGGAUCUUCAUGGACUACUGGUAAUGAAUCCGCGUCCACUGAGCCAAGGCGUGCUUCUUUCACUGCUGCAACAUCUAGCAUGCGACAUCAGCAAGGACACAACCCGUAAGCUAGCUUGGAUAAAUGAUGUGGUUGUAGCCAUACGCCCAUCUGACAAGAUGAUUGCGGUCCACAUUAGGCAAAUAUUUGAGCAAGUCUACGACAUUUUGAAACUCCACUUUUAUAACGCACUGGGAAGUGACGUCUCAGCCACCAGACUUUAAAGUUGCAUGUUAUCAAAUCUCACACUCUCUAGCUCACAUAAACCUUAGGAAUACCAACUCUUUUUUCGUAUCUCCACUCUUGUUAGUUUUUUAUUAUCUUCUCAUUUUUGGUUUGUCUUUCACAUCAGAUAUGGAUUGUAUAUCUAUAACUUCUAAAGAAAUUGACUUAAAGAAAC